AUGCUCGACCGCAAAUUGGCGGAGCAGAUCGAGCGCCACCAUGACGCGUUGAAGACCUCGGAAGAGCAGGGCAAGUCGGUGGCCCCUGGAGGCAUGGAGGGGUAUGCGCAAGGCACCGCCACGACACCACUGUCGAUGUGCAGCCCGGAGCUCUGGUCCAUGUGUUUCCCCGACAAGUUCCCUUACGGUGAUGGAGUUUUCGGCCUGUCCUGGACUGCGCCCAUGUCUUUCCAGCAGUGCACGUCAAUGCAUCUCCUCCGCGAGGAGCUGGUGCAUCAGGUGACUCCCGAGGACUUGUCCGCGGCCGCAACCUCCAAGACGUGGGGCGCGGGUGGCGCGGACGGGCCUGGCGCGACCGGGCGGGCCUGCGCUCCCGGCGGCUCUUCGUGCGGCUGUCCCGUGCCGGCGCUGCGAGGAACGCCCAGACAAGAUCUGCGCGCGGCCUCCUCGGAGGAGCUCGACGCCGCCGCGCAGAACCUCGGGCCGAAUGCGUCCCUGAAGGACGCGCUGCGGUCCCCCGCCGUGGACCAGGACGUCAGGGGCGCCUUCUCCGAGCUGAUGGUGUUCACUGCCGAGGUUCUCGGCUCUGACGGCGCGCGCGCGAAACUGCGCCACGAGCAGAACGGCUUCGCCCUCGUGUUUGGCGGCGCCGGAGGUUUCCCGACCCCGAACGUCGCGGACGCGCGGAGCCCCAUCUUGCUCGCGCUGCACUCGGCGGGCGGCUGCGAGACCCACGCCGUGGACCUCCUCGCGGAGGCCCCCGACAUGCCCUCCGCUCGGCGGAUGCUCCAGAUCGUGGCCCAGGGCCCGGUGGCCCAUGCCCGCUUCUUCAUCUUCACCAUGCAGAUCUUCUGCGAGCACGUCCUCGGCACCGGCCCCUGGGACAGCCAACUGCGCCACAACGGGCGACGCGACGGAGCGGCCUUCCCCGACGGCUUCGCUUCCUCGUGCGCGGGUGGGGCCUUCCUUGCGGUAGCGGCGCUGCACGGGCCCAUCGAGGAGCAGGCCCGGCUCUCCAUCCACCCGCGCAUCCUCCUGUGGUUCGCGCAGGCGCAGUCCGAGCAGUGGCCGCGAUGCAUGGUCAACAUGGAGACCGAGGAGAUCCGCCGGCGGCUUCGCGCGUGGCAGGAGAAGACUUUGGCCGCCGCGCAGUCCAUGCAGCUGGACUCCGCGGCCGUGCUCCCGCUGCUCCUGACCGACGACCCCGGCCAGGUGCCCGAGCCCAGGAACACGCCCUUCUCUGAGAAGCUGCAGCAGGAGUGCCGUAUGGACGGCGAGCUGGAGCACGACGUGAAGGAGCCGGAGAAGCGGCGCGUCUUCCUGGCCACCGAGCCCAGCUUCGAGGACCGCCACCUCCGUCGGCACCAGCUCGCGCUGUCGGCCAAGGGACGUGAGGCUUACAGGCUGCUGCGCCCCGUCACGGACGACGACCUGGAGACCGCGCCUGGCGCGGCUGCUAGUGGCGCCUCGGACUCUGUCGCCGCGCCCGCCGCUGGCAGCGCCUCGCGGCCCGCCGCGGGUUCUACGGCCGCGACCGCCUCUGCCGAUUGCAGCGAGUUGCAGCCGGCCGCCGACCCCGCGGCCACGAACGCUUCCUCGGAUGCAAGCUCGGGCAACGGGCCAGCUCAGGGAUCCGCCUCAGGCCGCAGGCAGAGGCCAACUGAGGGCUCAACAUCGCAGCGUGCAGCUCAGGGCUCCUGCGGCGCAGAUGACGCAGCGGACGUGACCCACGCUUUCGCGGUGCACGGCGCGGAGCUUGCGUUGGCCAUGGUCCACGGGUAUAAGCUGGUCGAGAAACGCCAUCGCAAGUUCUCGACCGGGUGGUACGCGCUUCACGGUGGGCGUCAGGACACAGAUGUUGCGAGGAGCGCCGCCGGCAUGUACCCCGACCUCCUACGCGGCAGCAAAGCCAGGCACUACCAGGGCGCGGUCGUCGGCCUCGUGCGCAUUGGUGAACACCGUGGAAAGGAGGAUUGCAACGAGCACGCGUGGGCGAUUGGGCCAGUGUGCAAUGUGCUGUCGGCGUCCGUGCUGCUCGACCGCCCGGUGGCCGCGAGGGGGAAUCAAGGCCAAUGGCCACUGCCCGCGGAAGUGCGGAACGACGUUUUGAAGCAGAUCCGUGCUGGAGACUGCGUGCCGAUGUUCUUCGACAUCGGCGCGCUCGCGGCGCCUGCGUAG